AGUAAUCUGCAUGAACUUUUUUUCUGUUGACUUUCUCCCAUCCCUAUCGUCGAAUCUACUGAAAACCCCGUACAUUGUCCAUGUUCUAUCAAUUUCAAUCUGCGUACUUACUUUAUCUGAUCACGAUCCCGGAAAUGUUGAAUUUGUCCCGUAGUUGUAGUCGAAAAUGUCAAAGCCAUACAGAAGUUCAUGACUGAGAACAUUAUAGAAUUUACUUUUUUCUAAUUCGAGCAUUGAAGAUUGCGUAGUUCUAGCUAGAAGCUUUUCUGUGUUAUGUCGAGGUGGAUAAGCAGAUAGUUUCUAGCUUUCAUGUCCGUCUGUAGUUAAUUUGGAGCCACCCGAGAAUUCACCCUCAUCCUUCUCGAAAAUCGUACAGUAGAGGCGUUUGCAAGAGUCGCCGUUCUCGCGCACGAGAUCUACUGCAAGACGGUGAUAUUAUUAGCGUUACGAGGAGCUUUUUUCUACCACGUUGCAUGCAAUUGUGUCUCGGUCUUGGAUAAAUGAAGAUUUGACUUUGUAGCAGGAAAAUCGUAUUUCGUUGGUGUAUCAUAAGUUGGAAGGUCUUCAGGUGGUGUUGUACAACUGCUCACACAAGAGGCAGAGUAGAAGUUGGAAAAGAACUUAGCAUUACUUGUGUAUUGACUUAUAUCAGAGGUCAUCAGCAUAAGCAUUGUUGUUCAAUUUAUUAUAUCAUUAAUCAAUUAGCUACGCCCCUAGCUUGAUUGUCAAAGAAGGUAAUCGGAUUUGUUAAAGUACCCACCACGCAACAGACGCAACAUAUUGCAUUACUGUAAUAUCGUCUUUUACGUCUAGAUAGUUUUUAGCUGAGCAUUCUAUAGAAUUAAGAGAUCUUAAAGAUGUUGAAAAACGGUGCGGCCGCUAUCAGUGGCUCCAAAGGGAGCGAAACGGCCCCGGCCAAAACCGUUGAACAAGGACAGAGCGUGCCGGAAGUGAAGACGGCAUCAAAAUUGUCGGCUGCUGCGAAAGAAUGGCAUCCGCCGAGCAAGUCUAGUACCCAGGCUAAUUCUGCUGCCGGUGCCGCUGCAGCUCCUGCACAACUAGUCUCAGGACAGCCUCAAUACGUGUUGGUCACAGACCCAGUCACCGGAGCGCAAGUCCUCGAUUUGGUGAGACCAGACUCAGCUGCUUUACAACAAAGUGGAAAUGCCGUAGUGUUGGACGGUUCCGCCGUGAUGAAUAGUCUCGGUGGCAGUCUUGUUUCGGCGCUCGGUGGUGAGCUUGCCGGCCUUCAACAACAACAGCAGCACCAGCAACAACAGGCGCAGGCCGCCCAAGCCGCAGCUGCAGGUGGACUCUUCCUGCCUGCGCAGCACUUUGCACUGCAGCAGCAAGCCGCAGCCGCAGCCGCGUCGCCAAACCUCUUCACAGCGGAACAGCUACUGGCAGCGCAACCACUGGCGGCUCAGCAGAGCGCUUUUUUCCUUAACAAUGGACAGUUGGUCACGGCUGCGCCCGCACCGGCGAAUCCGACCUACGUGUUCGUUGACGAGGCUGGCAACUUGCAGCAACUAGUGUUGGACCAACCGCAGCUGGGUACCUCUACUUUGCAAGUGGGACCAGGAGGAGCUCUUUAUGCAGUGCCGCAGGGAACUACAAACAUGGUUUCCUCCACCGGAGCGAAACUCAGCAAAGGAGAUCAACAGGCGACUCAGCACGGCGGCAAAGGUCACCACAGCAACAACGCUACCUCUACUACUGUGUUGUCGAAGGGCAAGGUGGGAAAAAACUACAAUGCUCAUCCUGGAGUCGCGGAGCAGCAUCAACAGUGGCAGCAGGCUGGAUCGUGGAAUAACGGAUACAACCAGACGGCAUUCUUCACUGGAUCGUGGAACAACUCGUAUUACCACGCAGCAGGUGGCUUCGCAUCCGGAAAGGGAGCCGUCGCCAAAGGACAAGGCAAGCACCACACUGCGAACUACCAACAGCAGUCGACCACGGACUACCGAAGCGAAAUCAGUGGCGCUCGUAUCUGCCCACCGGUGCACGGCGUCACGCAGGAGGAGCGCGAUACUCACAUGAUCCAUUUCCACAAGACGUGGAACGUGAUGACAGACGUGUGGCGCCGCUUCGGCAACGUCAUCGUGCAGAAGGCCAUCUCAGGCGCUGCGGCCGGAACGAGCAAAAACAAUGUUGAGAGCAGCGAGGCGGACAAGAAGACGAAGAACAAAGAGAGCGGCAGCGACAAGAAAGAAGUCAAGCUGCGCUUUUACGAUUUCGGCGCCGCGCCAGGCGGUUUCUGUUGCCACCUUCUGGAACAGAAAGAGUUCAGCCACGGCUACGGCAUUUCGCUCCCAGCUGGGCUUGGUGGUUAUCACAUGUGCAUCUCGCACGAGACCCGCCUUCACAUCUACCUUCAAGACAUCUUCAACGUGGUGAAUAGUGCAGGCCUUAAUAAUCUCAAGGUGGAAGAGAAAGACGUUGUUGCUGUCAAGGCGAAGAAGGGCGACAAGAAGGCACCGAAGACUUCACCUGCUGCGAAGCCGGUUGACAGCACGGAGAAAGAAGCUAAGAAGAAGUCGGAAGAAUCCGAAAAACAGGGGGAUUCAAUUCCGGUGGAGGAAAAGGCAGAGGAGGAAGAAGGGACUCUUCCCUCACGACUGGUAAAUCUGAUCAACUGCGAUAUGCAGGACUUGAGGAUGCAGCGAGAUCAAAAGCAGGCCGUGGCGCGCGGGAAGGUGCGCGUAACAGGACGGGCCGUUCAAACGCUUCCUAUCUGGGCUCUCACGAUCAAACAGUUUGCUCUCGGACUGGGUGCACUGGAGCAAGGUGGUUCUCUGAUCUUCCGUUUUGGCUGGCGUGGGUACGUGGAGGAACAGACCUGGUAUCAGGAGUGCAGCAUGGUGCUCUUUCUCUUCUUGCGGAACUUGUUCGAGCAAGUGAAGCCAUACAAGAGCGAGUAUGAGAAUAACGCUGAUACCACGUUCUACGCCGUCUGCAUGGGAUUUGACCGCAGCAAGUUCCUCAGCUCGGACUUGAACAAAAAAGUGGUUCCGUACGUGCGUAACGAGGUCGCCUACGUGCACGGCUACAACAGCAGAGCCUACCGCUUGCACAAGGAAGAAAUCAGCAAGGCGCAGCGAGUGGCCGAGUUUAAUCAACUGGCGAAGAAGAAGAAGGAGGAGGAGUCCGGAAAGAAGUGGAUAGCUACCUCUGUGGUGGAAGCAAAGAAAGAGAAAAAGCGUCAAGAUGGCGAGCGCGGUUCUUCCGCCGCCUCUGCGAGUAAAGACAGCGCGGAUGCUGGCGACAGUUCGGAUGCCCCGGUGCCGGUGAAGAACAUGUCCGGUACCCCCACUGAAGAAGAUGUCGAGCAGAGCACGCAGGUCGCCAUGGCCGAAACUAUCUGCGCAUCCAGCGAACAGUCAAUCGAAUCGUCUCCUGCACGUCCUGCGGAAACGGAGACCACGCCGUUAUCUGCGAAUAAACAUGCUGAUGUUACGACCGAGCAGGAAUUCGUGUCCCCUGAACCGAAGAUUGAUUCGGCGUCGAAGGAUGAGAGCACAGCCUGCGACGACAACAGUAGCUCUAAAUCAAUGGCAGAGAUCACCACCGCUACUACCGCCACCACGGGAAAGCUGGAGUCGAAGGAAAUGACGGAGUGGACUGCAGUCAACUACUAUGAUAUCUUGUUGCGACUAGCGGAGAUCAUUCGCCAUGACUUAUCGGCAGAAGAGGAACUGCUCACUCUGUUGAGCGACACGCUCGUAGAUGCCGAAGAUCUGAGCGCACUGAACUCACAUGGAAAGAAUCUGAUUCGCGAGCACGUAGCCGAGAUGAAAACGAAGCCGGCCACUCCUGUUGCCUCGAAGUCCCCGACUGAGAAAAAGGACGCAGUUGAACCGAAAAAGGCUGCGAAGGCUGAGGAUCCGAAAGAAGACCAGGACAGCAAAGAAGCUGCGGCAAGGACGGAUGACGCCAAGAAAGAUGUUGCAGAGGUCGCUGCUGAAAAAGAUGGCAAAAGAGAAGGAGCAGCCACGACAGAAGCUGUCGAGCCGACUAGCACGACUGUGAAAGAUGAGUCGACGAACGCCAAGAAAGAAGAUGUUGAUGCCGCAAAAGAUGCACCGGGAAAGCAGGUCAAGAGCGCUUCAACACCAGUGGAAGAUCCCAUCAGACGCGAGGUGUGUCAGAAGAUCACCGAGAUUCACGAGUUGUUGUCCACGGUGGACAAGCUGCGACGAGUGAUGGCUCAGGGUCGCGUCACGCGCACGAAGCAGGAGUUGUGCACUUUGGAGCUCGCCCCAGUGCCGGCUUCGGAGGCCUAUCCAGAUCUGAUCCGUAAGAAGAUCGCGCAUGUCUCCGCCGUCGAGUGGGUCCACUGUCGCCCUCACAGCGUCGGGACCGGUGCGACCGUGUAUGUGGCUCUGCGCGAAAAGCAUCACCUGGAAGCCGUUAAGGAGGCCGUCGUGAAGCGUCAGCUCUUUGGAGCUUUCGUAAAGUGCAAAGAAGUCCCGAACUUCUCUAUCGCAGAGCGCCGUCGCCUCGACGAGGAGGAAACCAUCCGUGCAAACGGAGGCUGGCCAAGCGCAAAAGGCGGUUGGAGUGGUUAUCAUGGCGGUUGGGGAGGCCCUGCAGGAGGCAAACCGGUGGGGAAAGACCGCGUCGCAGCGCUCUUGUACAAGGGGACGCCAGCCGGAGCUUUCUAUCACGCUGCUGCAGCCACCAAGGGUGCAGCAGCCUAUAACGGAAAAGCAGGCGCCGCUGUAACGACGACUAAGGGCACGAAAGGCGCCGAGAAAGGCAAGAACGCAAGAAAGGGCGACAGCACCACGACAAGCGCACCAGCGGCAGAUAAGAAGGACGUCAAGGGCGACGACGCAGCGAAUAGUUCCAGUGAAACUGCGACGACCGCACAAAACGCGACAAGUGCGGAGUGCUCAGCGACCGAAGCCGAAAACGGCCCGCAGAAAGCCGAUAGCAGCAGCACGGAGAGCGACAAGAAGGUCGAUUCAACGUCCGGGAAGGGACGCAGCAAGGGCUCCAAGAAAGGCAAAACCGGCAAGGCAACGAAGAGUACCGGAAAGCCAGCGGGCAGAAAAUCAGAGAAGGAAAUUGACGCCCUAGAUUCAUGGAGAUAACUUUAUAAUGAAUUUUUCAAAUAAUUUACCUUAGGAUUGAUGAUUAACACUCCUGGAUUUAUCUAUACAACUGCGAUGAUGAAGCAAAACCAGCGUAAUCUCUUUCCACAAUCGAGUAAGAGACGGAAAACAUCCUCACCUUUAUAACACCAUCUACUUUUUCUAGUAUGAGAAUGGUAUCUAUUUAUUUUCUAUCCUCUUCUACUUGUACGGGAAGGUACAAAAGACAUAUUCGCUACUACGCGCCUGAAAUUGUUUAACAUUGGGUUGCAAGCAAAUCCAUCGCACGUAAGAAUAGGAAUUGCCUUGUAGGUGUAUAAAAAUCCUCGAUCGGGUGUCGCUGAAUAACAUCGAGGGGCGCAUGAUUAUCAUUGCAUUGGGUCGAAAAGAAUGACAUUAUGAAUGAGCAAGUGCAACUAACUAGGAUUUUGGGGUGGUAGAAAAAUCAAGAUUUGGAUGUAUGCAACUCACGACGGGGAUUCGUCGACUCAAAUAUUGUAAUGCCUUUUAUCUUCACGCCUCCUG